AGGUACCUUGCAUGCAUUCUACCGACCGGGGGUACACAAAUUAAAUCCCAGUGCAGGCAAUGCAACAAUAAUGAAAUCACAAAUCACGACCUUUGAUGCACUGCUAUGCUGUGGCCCCAUGAGAAAGGGUCAUGUUGCUCAACUGGGAUUCAACUUUUUGCACAUCGAAAGGCCAUGAUUCGCUGUUCUAGCGUUGGGCCAAAGGCCACGUUGUAGCAAAAGUGAACUCGGCGGGGAGGUACACGUCGCUCCACUGAACUACAAAAGCAGAGGAUGGGUUGCUUCCUCUCUUCCUCUGCUCAUUCAUGGUCUCUUCCUUCACGUAGAGGAAUCUAAGAAUCCUUUAUCCUGGUAACUGCAUUUCUGUUGUUCAUGGCGGUGGAGAUGAGGAAGGGUAAGUUCGAUGGUGAUAGAGCUGCUGCUCUGUUGAAGGAGCUCAGAGUGAGCUUCGCUUCGGGCAAGACCAAGAGCUAUGGAUGGAGAGUUCAACAGCUUAAGAAUGUGCUCAGGAUGGUCGACGAAAACGAGAAGGCCAUCGUUGAAGCUCUUCGUCUCGACCUCGCCAAGCCCAAAUUCGAAGCUUUUGUCAACGAGAUUUCUUUGGUAAAAGCUGCAUGCAAGCAUUCACUGACGAAAUUAAAACACUGGAUGAAGCCACAAAAGGCAAAAACUUCAAUAAUAACUUUUCCAUCAUCUGCAAAAAUUGUAUCAGAACCAUUAGGCGUUGUCUUAAUCAUUUCAGCUUGGAACUAUCCUUUCUUGUUAUCUCUUGAUCCUGUCAUUGGAGCUAUUGCUGCGGGUAACACUGUGGUCUUGAAACCGUCUGAAAUUUCUCCAGCCACAUCCUCAUUGCUUGCUAAGUUAUUGAAGGACUAUGUUGACUGCUCUACCAUAAGAGUUGUUGAGGGAGCUGCUGCUGAGACGACUGCACUUCUGGAGCAAAAGUGGGAUAAAAUCUUGUAUACAGGUAAUGGAAAUGUGGGGCGCAUUGUGAUGGCUUCUGCCGCAAAGCAUGUUACACCCGUAAUCUUGGAGCUUGGAGGAAAAUCUCCAGUUGUUGUUGAUUCAAAAAUCAAUUUAACAGUUUCAGCAAGGCGGAUAGUUGCAGGCAAGUGGGGAUGCAAUAAUGGGCAAACCUGUGUUUCUCCUGAUUAUAUUAUAACAACAAAGACUUUUGCUACAAAGUUGAUUGAUGCUUUGAAACAUGUAUUGGAGGAAUUCUUUGGAAAGGAUCCAUUACAAUCAAAAGAUCUUUCUCGCAUUGUUAACUCUAGUCACUUUUCACGUUUGACAAAACUUUUAGAUGAGGAUAAGGUUUCAGGAAAGAUUGUGUAUGGAGGCCAACGGGAUGAGACCCAGCUAAAGAUUGCCCCCACCAUAUUAUUGGAUGUCCCAGAAGAUUCUCUGAUAAUGAAUGAGGAGAUAUUUGGGCCCCUACUUCCCAUUAUAACGGUUGACAAGGUGGAAGACAGCUUAAAUAUCAUAAACUCAAGGUCAAAACCGCUUGCUGCGUAUCUCUUCACCAGUAGCAAGAAGCUUGAGAAGGAGUUUGUUGAAAAAAUUUCUGCAGGAGGGAUGCUCAUCAAUGAUACUGUGCUGCAUUUAACAAAUCCCAGUUUACCAUUUGGUGGAGUUGGAGAAAGCGGAUUCGGUUCAUACCAUGGUAAAUUUUCAUUUGAUGCUUUUAGCCACAAAAAGGCAAUUCUAUAUCGACCUUUUAUUGGGGAUGUGACUGUAAGGUACCCACCAUAUACACCCAGAAAAAUUAGAUUACUGGAUGCUCUUCUUCACCACAGUACGGGCGUAAUUCCUGCUUUGAUUGGAUUAGGAAAGAAGGUUUGAAUGAUCAGAUUGAACUGACAGUGUGCGUCAUAGUGUGUUUAUGUAAGUUUCUUAUAUAUAUACACCAGUGGAACCUGUGUGAUGCAUGGACUUGCCCUCAAUGAUACCUUAAUUUUAAAAGGGAAUAAUAUAAUUCUUAAUUAUCUCUCAA